AAUUAGAGAAAUAUGUUAUUCUUCUGCUGUGAAACAUGGAGAAAAUAUUUCCACCGGGAUUCUUUACUACAUCUGUACAUUUAAUCGCUCACUUACCCUAUGAAGCAAGAGUGUGUGGAUCAGUGCAAUACAGAUGGAUGUAUAUGUUUGAGAGGUUUCUUGGGAGCCUAAAAAAGAAAAUCACCAAUAAAGCGCAUAUUGAGGCAUCCAUAUGUAGUGCAUACAUUUUUGAGGAAUUGUCAAUGUUUGCCUCUUACUACUUUGAAACACCAAUACGUUCUAAACGUAUUAGACCUUCUCGAAACGAUGAUGUUGCUUCAUCUUCUUCAAGUUCAAUGAGGUUCUCAAUUUUCAAUCAUCCUGGUCGUGGACAUGGGAAGUCUACUUUAGGGUACAUUGUUGGUGAAGAAUUAAAAGUUGCAUACACAUAUAUCUUACUUAAUUGUGCAGAAGUGAGACCAUAUUACGAAAUUUUUUCGGACUUCAUUGAAUCACAAGGUCACAGUAAUGUGGAUCACAUUAUCGCCAGAGACUUCUCAGAAUGGUUUAGUGCUUAUGUGAUGAAUCCUUAUAAUGGAGUUUCUGACCCCUUAAUAACAGCACUUGCGUGCGGUUUAAAUUCCCGGGCUCAAUCACGACCUGCAUACAUAGUAGGUGGUUAUACAUUCCAUACUCGAUCUUAUGGAAUUGGGAAAAAAACAUAUAAUAGUGGAGUAUGUGUUCGUUCUUCAAAUUACAAUAACUCAAGUACAGAUUGGAUCGGGACUUUAGAAGAGGUACUCGAGGUGGAAAUACUUAGUCCUCUAAAGCUACAAGUUGUGUUGUUCAAUUGUACAUGGGUUGAUCCUGUGCGUGGUAUGCGAGCACAUGACAAAUAUAAUAUUGUUGAUGUGAAGCUUGAUUGUGUUUAUCGAGUUUUUGAGCCAUUUAUCUUAGCACAACAAGCAACACAAGUGUUCUUUCUUGAAUACCCAAUGGGCCGUACCGCAUCACUACGUGGUUGGAAAUGUGCGUGCAAAGUUAGAGCAAGGAAUGUUAUUCAAGGAGAAUGGAAGAGUGUUGAUGAUGAACCAUACCAAGUUGAGGAAACUGAACCACCUCCUAUUGUUGAUGUUAUGGAGGGCUUUAUAGAGUUACAAGAUCCUGGAAUAGAGAUAGAUAUUCCUUUAGUCGAAGUUCUUCAAGCUACUCCAACUGAUGAUAUUGCUCAGAAUGUUACUGAAUACGCUGAAGAAUAUGGAGACGAAGACGAAAGAGGAGAAGAAGACAAUAAUCAAAGUGAUCCAGAUGACGUAAUAUGUGAAGAAGAUAAUAACAACUCAGAUGAAGAGGUUUAGAUGGACUUUGUAGUUUGUUUUUAUUUUAGUAGAACAAUGAAUAAUAAAUUUGUAAUUUACGGUGAUUAACUCAAUGUUGUUGAAA